UUCUACUUAUCAAGAGACCCUGAAUGUGAUAAGAUAAAGUGGCCCUUGUUGUUUUAGACUUUUCAUUAUCAUCAGUCACGUGAAACAUGUAAGAUAAUAGUAAUUGACCUCUAUUUUUUAUGACGUAGCUCAUUUGCGGUCAUUAUUUUGAUUAAAUUGAACUCAGACUUUUAAAUAAAUUAUAGUGCCUACUCAGUGUGUUUUUCCAAGAACAUUAAGAAGUUAAUUUCAAAUCAUUUUAGUUGAUUUUCUUUCCAAUGGAUUUCUCCACUGAAGAUCAUCAGCAUUGUCGCUUCAAUCCCUUGAAGGGAGAAUGGGUUCUUGUAUCUCCACACCGGACAAAAAGACCUUGGAGUGGUCAAGUUGAACCGUCUACCGAUGAAGAGGUGCCUGAAUUUGAUCCAAGGAAUCCACUUUGUCCAGGGGUCACUCGUGCCAGCGGUGAGGUGACUCCCAAGUAUACAUCGACGUAUGUUUUCAAUAACGAUUUUCCAGCUUUAUUAAAUGAUGUCCCUGGACCCCCAAAAUCGGAUGAUCCUCUCUUCCAAAUCUCUGAGGCAAGGGGGACUUGUCGAGUCAUGUGUUUUCAUCCCAAGUCGAAUGUCACGAUUCCAGUGAUGACAAUCAGUGAAAUUUGCACCGUCAUCGACAAAUGGAUUGAAGAGUUAUUGAUUUUAGGUAAGGAGUUUCUAUGGAUUCAAAUUUUCGAAAAUAAAGGUGCUAUCAUGGGUUGUUCCAACCCUCACCCUCAUUGUCAAAUCUGGGCUUCAUCGUUCUUUCCCAAUGAGCCUGCUUGCAAAGAUCAUCACCAAAGAGAAUAUUACAAGAGACAUGGAAGGCCAAUGCUCCUGGAUUAUGUUGAGAAGGAACUUCAAAAAAAGGAGCGGAUUGUUGUCAAAAAUGAUGACUGGGUUGUUGUAGUGCCUUUUUGGGCCGUCUGGCCUUAUGAAACUUUGCUUCUUCCACGGAUGCACAUUCAACGCCUGUCCGAUCUGUCUUCCUCUCAAAGGAAAAGUCUAGCGGAAAUAAUGAAAGCCAUCACAAUCAAAUAUGACAAUUUAUUUAAAUGUAGUUUUCCUUACUCAAUGGGAUUUCAUGGUGCUCCAACUGGUAUCAAAUUACAAGAAGACUGCUCUCACUGGCUAUUGCAUGGAAUUUAUUACCCUCCCUUGUUACGCUCAGCAACAAUUAAGAAAUUCAUGGUUGGUUAUGAGCUGCUGGCACAAGCUCAACGUGAUUUAACACCGGAAAAAGCUGCAGAUCAACUGCGGAACCUUCCAGACAAACACUACAAAUCUUCAUGACUUUAAAUUAGAUCUUAUUAGGAUAUUUAUCGCACAGCUACCGGAGUAGUUUCAUAAUCAACAAGAGUAAAGCAUUGGAUUCAAUGACUUUUUAGAUUUAUGGCGAAGUCGUCAAUUUGUUUUCUUUUUCAUUAGCGAGAGUAUCACUUUAUUUUUCCUGAUAUUCAUCCACAAGCAAUAUUCCAAUCCUAUUGCUUGAAAGAAAAUUUACCUCUCUGUUGGUGUCUUAUUUCUCUGCUUUGUUUUCGUUUUUCAAAGAACACCAUAUUUUUUUGUGAUAAAAAGUGACUUUAAGUAGGAUAAUUCCAAUCAAACAGGCGAUCAACUUAGACUAAGUAUUUUGAAAUUUUGCUGAAAAUUAUAACUGCCUCUUUUUCUGAGUAGGGAUGAAAAAAAGAAUGCGUCUUAUAUUUGUGUCUUAUAAUUUGUUCCUUUUUUAUAUUCAAUCCUCAUAGGUUUUUUACCAGUUUGUUGUGAUAUGAUCAUGGAUUCAUUUUUUGUCAUUACUUAAAGAAGAUAAUAAAAGUUUGUUUGUUUUCA